AUGAAACAAGGGAGCAUGGCGGUGGCGCUACUGUCAGAGACGGAAAUCAGGCAUCGGUGCCGACAGCUCGCCAAGCUUUACUCACCGGGAAAGAGACUGCAGGAGUGGAUUUGUGUGAUUUUGUGCCUCUCACUCUUCGUUGUAAACUUCUUCCUUCUCCUCAACUUUUCCACUGUGCACAUCUACAAAAUCAUCUUUGGCAUCGUGACUGGUAGCGUGAUGGCAUACUUUGCCUCUGGAUUGGUACAUUGGGGGGCUGGUACAUGGGGCUCGGUGGACUUCCCAGUAAUUGGAAAGGCAUUUAUUCGUCCAUUCCGGGAGCAUCACAUUGAUCCGACUGCUAUCACCCGGCAUGACUUCAUUGAGACUAAUGGAGACAACUGCAUGAUCACUAUCCUGCCUCUGGCCCACAAGGCCUAUAAAUUCCUCACCUACCCACCAGAUGCCCUUGCGGAGUCCUACCCCUGGGAAUGUUUUGUUUUUGCAUUGGCUGCCUUUGUCACCAUGACUAAUCAGAUCCACAAGUGGUCACACUCCUACUUUGGCCUGCCAUGCUGGGUCACGCUACUGCAGGAGUGCCACCUAGUGCUGCCACGGAAACACCACAGAAUCCAUCAUGUGUCGCCACAUGAGACAAACUACUGCAUCACUACAGGUUGGUUGAACUAUCCGAUGGACAGAGUGGGCUUUUGGCAGAAAAUGGAGUGGCUGAUCGAGAGACUGAUGGGUCAGAAGCCACGCUGCGAUGACCUGGCCUGGGCCAAGAAAACGGACUGA